AUGGCGUCCUCAUCCACGAAGACCAUGAUUCUCUACGAUCUUCUCCAGAAGACACCAGGCGCGGGCUGCUGGUCCCCCAUGGUCUGGCGAACCCGCCUACUACUCAACUACAAAGGAAUCCCAUACACCACCGUCUGGCUCAAAAACAACGAAAUCGCAAAGACACUAUCCGCCGUCGGAAUUCCUUCCAACCCCCAACAGGCCCCCGGAACCAUCGGCCCUCAACCAUUGGCCUAUACUGUCCCCGCCGUGAAGUUCCCAGAUGGCUCGGCCGUCAUGGACUCCGCCGCCAUCGCAUUGAAGAUAGAAGCCCGGUACCCCCAACCCAAGAUCGACCUCGCACCCGAACUCCAAGCCAAAGUAAUGCCACUCUACGGCCAAAUCCUAUUCCAACUCGCGGGGACGUUCUUCCCUCUCAUCCGACGCAACAUCCUCCUCGAAGAAUCCAUCGCCGAAUGGACGGCGAAUAAAGAAACCACCUUUGGGCGGUCCAUGGCGGAAAUGGAAGCCAACAGCGGCGAGGCGGCAUGGCGCAACGCCGAGCCAGGGUUUGAGAAGUUGCGAGAGCUGUUGAGGGAGAGUAAGAAGGAUGCCGGACCUUUUGUGUUGGGAGGCGAGGUCUGCUAUGUGGAUUUUAUUUUUGGCGCGAUGAUGGAGUGUUGUAGGAAAGUUGGAGGGGAUUUGUAUGCGAAUUUUGCCCGAUAUGCUCCGGAGCUGAGGGAGAUUCAUGAGGCUUGUGAGGGGAAGGGAUGGUUGGAGAAGGAUGAUUAG